AUGGAUCAGUACAAUCAAUUAAGUUCAGAUAUGGUGCUGGAAAGUGAGACCCCUGGGCUGGAAAGCACCUAUCAUAUUACCAGGGAUGAACGUGAACGUUUUUCAAGUAGCGAAGGCAUCUAUGACGUAGACGGGACAAAUCCAUCAGGACUCCCGCCUGCUGAUAAUGUUCGUGGCAUGAACAUAGGCAAACUCGAAAUCAUCAAGCAAGAAAUGCAACGACUUCAUAUCGAUCUGUUGGACAUCAGCGAGCUUCACUGGACGGGUAAUGGAUAUUUCAAAAGCGAUGAAUACACCGUCGUCUACUCUGGAAACGACACCAUCAAACGCAAUGAAGUGGCAUUCAUCGCAACAAAAGCAGUUAGCAAAGCCGUAUACUCUUUUAACAUUGCUAGCGAUCGAAUUAUAUCCAUACGCAUCACUGGAAGCCCCCGCUCAAUCACGGUUCUACAAGCAUAUGCACCAACAGCAGAUGCACUAGAGAAAGACAUCAAAGAUUUCUAUACCAAACUCCAAGAGACAUCGACCAGAUCCCAGCUCGUGACAUAA